UUUCUUUUUCUGCUUGUUUGCCAAAGAAGUUUAUUUUAGUUGGCCGGGCGAACGCAAACACCUCCGGCUCGGGAUAUACCGUACUUCGGGACCCCCUCCCUCCUUUUCCCCACGACUAACGAACAAGAGUUUAUUGACUUUACACCUAGCGGUGGAGGAGGGGCCAAGUAUACUAAUGGCUGGGAAGCGAGACGUCAUUUCCACACUUGUGUUGAGUUGGCUUCGAGUGAUAUAUGCAGUUUGUGCAUAAAGUGAUGUGCUGUGCUAGACUGUGCUGGACAACCACGGUUUGGCCAUUUCCCCAGUUGAUGCUGGCUAAAUUGCCGGGAGGGUUUGGAAAUAUUGGGGUUUGGUGGUUCCCUGCGACUCCUUUUUUCCGGGUUGUGCACUGUACUGAUACUGUAACGUCCGUCCCUCCGUUCCGGGACGCACGGUGUGACGGGACACCUUUUCUUCCGGAUGCUCGGGUUGCGUGUAACGUACUCAAAAAUAGACAAACACAAUGCGUAUCUAUUUUACAGCUCUUGCUCUUCCAGUAUAUCACCCUCUGACGCUGAAAAGCGUGUUGUUGACUAUGCUAUCGCUCAUUCUGUCAGUGCUGUUUAUC